AUGGUGGACCACUUGCAACUACCACGUCAGCUUCGCUACCCCCUUCCUUCCAUCCCAUAUGUCUUGAGGUCGCCUCCGUCAUCUGCCUACGAUGGCUUGGAAUUCUCGUCCUAUCCUCAACGCCGAGGCUUCAACAAGGAUGAACUCCUUCAAGGGCAUGUCGCCGGACGAAGUGACGAAGAAUUGAACGAAUUCUUUCAAUCAUGGUUAUUCUUCGGAACGAUUUAUGAAGUUUUCAGAAUCGCUAAAGAGAAGUUCAAUAUGACCGAGUUUGUUUGGGUCAACGGUGAUGGUCAACAACUUAUCACGACAAGGCCAUUGAGAAAACAUCUCGACAGCUGGGUGCAGCGAGAAUUGAGGGCCGGACGAAGUCUUUUCUGGGGGUUGGUGUCUCUGUUCACAGACACUUGGUACGAGAGACUACGCCGCAUUGACGAAUGUUUGGAUGAAGCAAUGAAGUUCACCGCCAAGUUACUUGCGCCGGCUUCCCCAUCCUCACUUCCUCGCGAUCAACUCCCAAAUAUCAUGCCCGAGAUAAGCCUCUCCAUCAUCAUUUUGACUUCGACUCUAGAAUGGGCCAAAGACCAAGUGGUACCGGCAUAUGUUAGAGAGCAAAUGAUGCAAAAUAUGGGCUCAGACAGCAUGCUGGGGUCAGACAUACUUUCUGGAAGCUUACCCUAUGUCCCUCGGAGGGCCUACACGGCAUGCGGACCGGCAGAGUACACUCUGCAAAUGCUCUAUCAGGGAGGUUGGUGUCCUUUGGAAGUUCGAAUGUUCAAGGAACUCGCAGAUCCAACCAUGUUCUAUUUUUCACAGCUUGUGCGGCCACCUUUGAACCUAGGGCCGAGCCAUGCCAAUUGCACAGCCGACAAGUGCGUAGCAUACCAGGUCGACGAUACGAACUAUAGACCUCGCCAUCGGGAUUUUUGCGGGGGCUGUGAUGGGAUAGGGUUUCUUACAUCACAAGUCGCCCUUCUGGUCUCCCAGGGCCAUAUCCCGCUGGUCCGAGUGCACAACCAAAAUGGAAAUCCACAGUUCCAGCUCUGUCCUGCCGACGGAAGAGACUAUAUCGCUAUUUCGCAUGUCUGGGUGCAAGGACUAGGGAACAGGGUGACCAAUACAUUGCCAGAGUGUCAACUCACAUUCGUCUGGAACCUGGUGAACACAGUGUAUGGUAAUCCAGAUAUCGGGCCGGUUUCAUUUUGGAUCGACACUUUAUGCGUACCAUUGGAACCCAUAGAUGAGAGGAGACGUGCAAUCACCCGGAUGAAGGAGGUCUACCGGGGAGCCCACUCAGUGCUUGUCAUCGACCAGGAGCUUCUUCGAAUCUCGUGCCGGCUCCCCGAUACCCCUGGAACGCUCAAAUACGCCCACUCCGUCGACCCUGAUGUUGGUCCAGUUGACGAGUUCGAUCUGGAAUCCAACACAAGGGAGUUUUAUAUGCGUCUAUUUGUGAGUCCAUGGUCACAUCGCCUAUGGACGCUUCAGGAAGGCGCUCUGUCAAAACAGUUAUUCAUCGCAUUUGCAGAUGGCAUACAUUCACUUGGAAGUAUCGUGCGUUCUAACCAUACUCUGACUAUGCUCAGGAGCGCCUAUCAGCCAGCCGAAUCCGCUCCGAUGCGCAACGCCCACAACAUGCUGGGAUCGGUUGACGUCGCCGACGGUGGAGGUGUUCAUUUUGGGAAGAUGGGACCGCUCCUCUGCUAUCGUGACACGAGCAAUCUCCCUGAUGAGGCUGUCUGUCUUGGAGGUAUUCUCGACCUCGCUACAGAUCGCAUCGUCAAUGCUGGAAACACAAGAGAGGAACGCAUGUUGGAAUUUUAUCGACAACUGCCCAAGGUACCAGUGGGCCUCUUGUUUCUAGAAGGACCUAAAUUGGACGUACCGGGGUUUCGCUGGGCUCCUACUUCUCUGCUGGGAAUGACUCUCACCCUGACACAAACGCUAGAGACCAUGGUCACUGACCGGAUCGAGGGUUCUGAUCAAGACAAUCAUGUCGGAGGGCUCUUGAUACCGAGCUUAGGAGUUUUGCUCCACAACCCACAAGCUACAGAGUCAUUCUCGAAAUCACCAUCGCAUGAUUCCUGGCGUAGCCGGCUUCCACCCGUCUUCUAUGUGGUAGACAUUUGGCGAGCCUUGAUUGAACCGGGCCGAGAGAACGAUCGGGAAUAUGUGCAAUUCGUACUCGAUGCGUCUUCCGCUCUUGGUUCGGCUCUUUCACAAUUUUCUCCCCUGCAGACCGAUUAUCUUCCCGGCGUUGUGUGGCGGCUGACCUAUACCGGUGCGAUGCCAUGGAGCGAUGUCCUUCGUUCUGUGAAUGACGAAUACCACAGCAAAAAUAAUGCCAUUGGCGACGUCGGUGAAGGUCAAGAAAGUAAUGAUUCGGAUUCGGAUUUGUCCUUUGGAUUCGUGAUCCAACAAACCCUGAAUCACGCGGGAGAAUCAGCGCUGCCCACCAAAAAGGCGGCGCUUGUUGCGAAUCUGUCCCGAAGAUUUAUGACAACCAACAACGAUGGAAUACGGAAUUUCCAGAAUGAAGAACCCUGUGAGACAAGUGGAGAAGGCGGAAUGUCGGCUGAGCUCGUCGUAAGCGGCUGCUUCAUGGGCGUUUUCACACUCGAAUCAAUACCGCCGGAUGAGUGGAGUGUCAUUGAACCGACGAUUGUUUCUAUUGAGCCAGACAAUCCGAUUGUGCUAAGACCGAAAGUUGGAGGACGAUCAACGUAUUGGAUUGUGCGAUGA